GCUCAGCCCGAGCCGGGCAAGGCGAGCGUUCAGAGCUUUAGGAGCAGCCCGAGGUUCGGCAGGAAAGGAGCUCUCAAUAAAAAAUGUCGUGGAUCAGAGAGGGUGAGCUGACCAUCAUAGAGAGGUUCUGUGCCAACAUCAUUAAGGCAGGUCCAAUGCCCAAGCACGUUGCCUUCAUCAUGGAUGGCAAUCGCCGCUACGCCCAGAAGUGUCACGUGGAGAGGCAGCAGGGACAUUCCCAAGGCUUUGAUAAGCUGGCACAGACACUGCGGUGGUGCUUGAACCUGGGCAUUCGGGAGGUGACAGUUUAUGCCUUCAGCAUUGAGAACUUCAAACGCUCCAAGGAGGAGGUGGAUGGGCUCAUGGACCUGGCCAGACAGAAGUUCAGCCGCCUCCUGGAGGAGCAGGAGAACCUGAAGAAGCACGGGGUGUGCAUCCGUGUCCUCGGGGAUCUGCCCCUCCUGCCUGUGGAUAUCCAGGAGCUGAUUGCCCAAGCUGUGCUGGCAACCAGGAACUACAACAAGUGCUUUCUGAACGUCUGCUUUGCUUACACAUCGAGACAUGAGAUCAGCAAUGCUGUCAGGGAGAUGGCCUGGGGGGUGGAACAAGGACUGCUGGAACCCAGUGACGUGUCUGAAUCGCUGCUGGAUAAGUGUCUGUACACCAACAACUCCCCCGACCCAGACCUGCUGAUAAGAACCUCUGGAGAGGUUCGCCUCAGCGAUUUCUUGCUCUGGCAGACAUCCCAUUCAUGCCUGGUGUUUCAAUCAGUCUUGUGGCCAGAAUAUUCCUUUUGGAACUUGUGUGAAGCUGUCCUUCAGUUCCAGAUGAACUACAGUGCUUUACAGAAGGCCAGAGACUCCUACCUGGAGGAGAGGAGGCGACAGCAGAUGGAGAGGGACCAGGCUUACGUGACCAAGAAGCUGCAGCAGGAAGGGUGCGUGCCCCAUGGAGACUCACGGCGCCAGCGGACACUGCUGCAAAAAUGCACAGCCCUGCGGGAGGAGAGGAUCCAGGGCUUCCUGCAGGCCCUGGAGCACAAGAGAGCAGACUUCUUCGAGAGCCUGUGUCCAGUGUCUGCAUGACACAGGUGCUGGGCUCUGGGGAACACAGUGUUCGGAGCGAGCAGCUGCUGCCUGCAGGGACUGGCUCAGCGCGGUCCUGCCGUGGGCAGCCAGGGCUGCUCCAGGAGCUCCCGUCCCGCUGGCCCUGCCUGGAGCAGGGAUGGCUUCUGUGAACUCUCCUGGUCUGUGAUGCUGCUGAGGAAGGUGGUGCCAUCCUGUGUCACCUCCCUGCCCUGGUGACAGAUACCUGCAGCCUGCUGGGUCUCUGCUGCUGGGUCCUUGGCAGGCCAGGUGUUCCGGUGACAAGAAGUUAACUGCAAUGAGCCUCCUCCAGUUCUCUGAUUCCUCCUGAACUGGCCCAGCCAGACCAGUUCAGUCCUGUUAAAUCAGUCUGGCUCAGACUCUUUCCAUGGCUUUGCAGUAGGGAGUCUUCUGUUGAGAUGUCCUCUGCUGUCCAAUCAAGAAAACCCUGCUUUCUGCAGGGAGAGGAUUAUUCCUGGUGUCAGGGACAUUCCCCGCUGCCUGCUCACUGAGAGCAUCUUGUCUUUUCCCCACCUGACUGCUGGGUGGGGUGUAUCCACUCCUGGUUUCCAGAGAGCUAAAGGAAGGGUUCCCAGCCUUGCUGUAAGGGAAAAAAAGCUGCUCCAAAGCUUCAGCAGGUUCUGAGAACUCUCCUGAGCAGUGUGUGUGGGGAAAACCCAGGUGCAGAAGGUGCUGGUGUUGGACCACACUGACCUUGGGAAAGGCUCUGAGCAGGCAGGAAAAAAGGAUUGGUUGGGAAUGAACCUUCUCAGGAAGGAAAGGAAAUUGGCUAGACACAGGUGAUGGCUACCAUAUGCCAAACCCUCUGAGGGAGUUCCAGGGAACGAGGGUGGGCUUAAUUCAGGAAUUCAGUAGCCAAAACCAACCUCUGACCCCAGCUAAAAUGGUUCAGAAGGGCAGUUUGGCUGAUACUAAUGGGAGUGGCCAGAGCAGCUGUGGAGUAUUAUUUGUCCUCAGUUUUCCAUUGGCAGGGAGAUGGACAAUCUGUUUUCCAAGGUUGUUUCCAUCUCUCAUUCCUCCUGGUUUCCGUCCCCACGAUCAAAAUAACUGAAAAUGAUUUUUGCUCCUGAUGCACACACAUGUGUGGCAGUACCAGCUGUUGCUGGGUUUGAAGUGUUUCUUCUUACCUCCAGGUGAAAACCACAAAAAAUGCAGAUUUAACAGCCUUGUAAGUGCUGCACACUGAGCACUUGGCCUGUGAUUGUGAAGAACUGUGUAGUCAAACUGGGAAUAAAGUAUAUUAAUACCAAAGUUAUUUUAAAAAUAACUUGAAUAUUUAAAAGUAUGUAGAGCUGCUUAUUUUAAGGUGUGAUAAAGCUGGAACCCAGGUUGAAUGUAAUAAUAUUUAAUUUGUGACAGA